GACUUAAUUAUAAUUAUAUAUGGUCAUUAUAUCAUGGCUAAAACAACAUCUAAUGGUGGCCUAAGAAUUUUGCACAGUAAUGUACAUUGUUUUAAAAGUCCAUGUUUGUGGAUAUAGUGCAGUUUGGAGGUUUAGAUAAUACUUUAAAUAACUUGCAGAAGAUUUAGGUUUAUGCAAACUUCACUACUGUCACUGUGGUCUGUUUGACAAGGCAGUAAAAUUAAAAUAUAAUAUUUUUUAAAAGAAUCCUCUAAAAUGAGACAUACGAAACAGGCAAUUUAAAGUCAUUAUUCUCAUGCUGUCAUGUUCCAUGUAAUGGGUGGACCUGCUAAAACAGCCACGCUCAGAAUGCACGCACCUCAAGUUGUGAACCAAGUCGAGCAAAACCACAUCCGGCAAAGAAAAUAAAUGAAAAAGUACUGCUUGCUCUGACACUUGAGUUAAAAUGCCAGUUACUAAAAGUUAAGGUAAGAUUAAGACGUUUUCAGAAUGCUAAAAAUAAGACAUAUAAGGGUUAAAAAUCACCAGAUUUGACAUUGCAUUAGGUGAAUGCAUUGAUUAUUAAUGAAACUGCACUACAUACUUAGUUGACUUACAUAUGAUGUAGUCAAAGCUCUCAUGUAAACGAUAACGAAUUGCAUAGAUAUAAUUUGCAUAUCUAUAGAUAUCUUAUUAUCUACCCCCCACUCUCAGAAGUUUUUCUGACCCCUCCCCCUUCGGCACACGCUCAGUAUAUGAGUGACACAACCAUACGCUGGCGAACAGAAGAAAAAAGAAAGCAAAAAGUGCCUGAGCCUUGAGAACGGGGGAAGGGUUUUGUCAAGCUACAGGAAGCUGUGGUUGAGAAACUGAAAUUGUUUGUAUGCGCUCUUCGUUUCCAUGGCAGCCAGGUCGCGCCACAUACAGACCACUGCUAGUAACUCCCUUCCCUUUUUCUGACCAAAGCCAAUGGUUUUACAAGGAGACUGUGUUUCACUUGGGUUUCAAAGAAUUGAACUGCUGAAUAUACUGUCCACAGGCCCCUUACCCGCACACAUGAAUGACGAUGCCGCAGGCCUCUUACCCGCACACACGACUCAAGUCUCAGAACCAGGAGAAGAAGCCGCAGGCCUCUUACCCGCACACACGACUCAAGUCUCAGAACCAGGAAAAGAAGCCACAAGCCCCUCACCCGCACACAUGGCUCAAGUCUCAGAACCAGGAGCAAAAGGUUCUGCUGACUCAUCCAACAAUCUCACGCAACCCACUUCUGUCCCUCCAAACCCACCUAACCCUACAGGUUCAGCAGAAGACACUCAGUCAAACUCCUCCACUCUUGUCUUUUCAUCAAACACACCUGCACCUACCAUAAAAGACUCAGCAAAGGACAAAAACGACACUCAGUCAAACUCCUCCACUCUCGUCUCAUCAAACACACCUGCACCUACCAUAAAAGGGACUGAGGCCACCUCACCUCCAAACACCACCAUCACGCUUCUCUCCUCCACGCAAUCCAUCUCAACCUCACCCGCACUCACCACCAGCAGCAUGGGUACCACAGAAAGCCCACGGCAAUGUGAAUACAACCUUACGGAGAGUGGGAAUAAUGGAAUUUCUCAUGUGGUGAAUGUCAAUGGCUCCCUUGACCAAACGUACACAGUCACAUUAAUGGAUACGAAAAAAGAGAGUGUUAUCGUAAAUGUAUCUGGCCUGACUGAUGUUGAAAUACCAUUUAAAUGGUUAAAACCGUGUACCAGUUACACCAUCAAAGUAAAUGGCUGUAAACCCAUUGGAGACCAGACUUUUACUUCCAGUAGUCAGAUUGAAACUGUUUUCCGCACUGUUGUAAAAGAUGACAGAGUAUGUUUUAAAGGAGAAUUCAAAAACACAAUAUGGGAUCUGGAAUGUAUUGAAAUAACACAGAACAACUCUUGCCAACCUUUUCAAAAGCACAUACCAUUCGACACAUGUAACUACACAACAGAUGGACUUAUGCCCCCAGUCAAACCAAUCAUAACCUUCAAGGAAACUAUUCCAUCUCAGUUUGAAUGGAAUAAUAAACCAGUACAAUGUAAUGAAACACUUAACAUCAUUUGCAGCCAUAACAAUGAGAACAAACCUUAUGUUUUAAAUCAUCCAGUGUCAUUAUUACCUGACAAAGAAUAUUCCUGCAUUGGAGAAUACCGUUACGAGAAUCAAUCCAUCAAGAGUAAUAAUCUUGUGUUUACGAUAAAAUGCGAUUGGGAAACUGCAAUAUUUAAAGACACAUCCAGUGACACCUUUAAGAUAUUCUGGAAUUCUUUCCUGGGAGAUAAAUGCUCAGGAGUUAAAUGGAAUCAUUAUUCAGCCACUUGCAAACAUGGUAGUAGUGUUCAAAAAGUGCCAAGCUGUACACAAAUAGAAAAUCAUGGUAUAGAGUGCUUUGUAAGUAAUUUAAAUCCAUUUACCAAAUAUAAAUGCAACAUUUCGGCAACUGAGGCGGAAAGUGGCAAAAUUUAUCACAUAAAGCUCGAUGACAAAGAGACAAAGUCUACCAAUCCCAAGUUCACAUCAGAAAUUAAAUGGCAUUACAUAUCUCACAAUUCUAUUGGCAUAAAUUGUGAUCCUGUUAAUGAUUGGAAUGGAAGCCCGGGAACAUACGAUGCUGAAAUCAAAUACAAUGGAGAACGUACCGCCAUCUUUGAAAGACAUAAAAAAUGCUUGUUUAAUUUUUCAAAUCUUUACUACCUAACAACAUAUGAUAUUGAGGUUACAGCCAGGAAUAAUGAAGGUGAUUCCAGUCAAAAAACAAUUCAAGUUCCUACAAAAUACAAUGACAAAGCUGUCAUUGGAUUCCUGGCGUUCCUAAUUGUUUUGACAUCAGUUGCGCUGCUCUUUGUGCUCUUCAAAAUUUACCUUCUCAAACGAAAGCAGAAUGAUGAAGAUGAAGAGAUUCUUCUUACACAACCCCUGCGCCCAGUUGAGCCCAUCUACGCAGACAAUUUAAUAGAAGCUUACAAGACCAAGAUCGCUGAUGAGAGCCGUCUGUUUAUGGAUGAGUUUCAGAGCAUUCCCCGAAUUUUCUCCAAUUACACCAUCAAAGAGGCGAAGAAACAAGAAAACCAGUCCAAGAACCGCUACGUUGACAUUCUGCCUUAUGACUAUAAUCGUGUUCCUCUCACAACUGGAGGUGAACGUGAAUACAUCAAUGCCAGCUUCAUCGAGGGAUAUCAAGAGCCGAAGAAAUACAUUGCAGCCCAAGGACCCAAAGAUGAGACUAUUGAUGAUUUCUGGCGAAUGGUUUGGGAGCAAAAGUCAUCCAUUAUUGUCAUGGUCACCCGCUGUGAGGAAGGAAACAAGAUCAAAUGCGCUCAGUAUUGGCCAUCUCUGGACAGAGAGACUGAGAUUUUUGAAGAUUUUGUUGUGAAACUUCGAGCUGAGGAACACUGCCCUGAUUAUAUCAUUCGCUAUCUGGUCCUGGCCAAUAAGCGAGAGAAAGCCCCAGAAAGAGAGGUCACUCAUAUCCAGUUCAUCAGCUGGCCUGACCACGGAGUGCCUCAAGACCCCAGCCUGCUUCUGAAGCUCAGGAGAAGAGUCAACUCCUUCAAGAACUUCUUCAGUGGUCCAGUCGUGGUCCACUGCAGCGCAGGCGUCGGCCGCACAGGAACCUACAUUGGCAUUGACGCAAUGAUUGAAAGUCUCGAGGCGGAGGGCAGAGUGGACAUCUAUGGAUUUGUAGCGAAACUACGUCGCCAGCGUUGCCUCAUGGUUCAAGUUGAGCCCCAGUACAUACUGAUCCACACCGCUCUGAUAGAGCACAACCAGUUUGGAGAGACGGAGGUCCCACUGUCUGAAUUCCACUCGGCGCUCAACACCCUCAGGCAGAAAGAUGGAAGUGACCCCAGUUUGUUUGAAAUGGAGUUCCAGAAACUCCCCAAAUUUAAAAACUGGAGAACAUUUAACACAGGAAGCAGCGAGGACAACAAGAAGAAAAACCGCUACUCGUCUCAUAUCCCAUAUGACUUUAAUCGAGUCCUGUUUAGACUUGAAAUUGAGGGCAACCAGACCAGUGACCCUGAGGAUGAGGACGAGUAUUCAUCAGACGAGGAAGAAGAAUCUAAUGAAUACAUCAACGCUUCAUUUAUUGAUGGCUACUGGUGUCAUAAGAGUCUGAUCGCUGCACAGGGGCCUUUACCAAACACAACGGAGGAGUUCCUGCUCAUGCUGUAUCAGCAACAAACUAAAACUCUGGUCAUGCUCACCGACUGCCAAGAGGACGGCAAGGAUUAUUGUUCUCAGUACUGGGGAGAUGAAAAGAAAGUGUUCGGAGAUAUGGAAAUAGAGGUGAAAAAGACAGAAAGCUUCCCAGCAUACGUCAGACGGCACCUGGAAAUACAGUCCACAAAGAAGAAAGACAUCUUGAAGGUGGAUCAGUACCAGUUUCUGAAAUGGAGAGGCACUGAACUUCCUGAGAACGCUCAGGAGUUAAUAGAGAUGAUGAAGAGCAUCAGAGAGAACGGAAAUUAUGACAACAGCAAAAUGAACCGGAGCAUCCCUAUAGUGGUGCACUGCAACAAUGGAUCGUCACGCACUGGAAUCUUCUGUGCCUUAUGGAAUCUUAUGGACAGCGCAUUGACGGAAAAGUUGGUGGAUGUCUUCCAAGAGAUCAAAAACUUGCGCAAGUUUAGGCAGGGAAUGGUGGAAACAUUUGAGCAGUAUCAGUUCCUCUACACGGCUAUAGAGGGCGCCUUCCCGGUGCAGAACGGUGCCAUUAAGACACCAACUGCAACCGACAGCGCACAGGUCAUCAACGAAACGACGGCGCUCCUCACCAAGGCCAACAGCACUACCGGUGCUGACCAGAAGGAGGCGGAAGACAGCAAAGCCACGGAGAGCAGCGAACAGGAAGCCACGGAGAACAGCGCUGCCACGGAGAACAGCACUGCCGCGCCAUCACCAGCAGAGGGAGACGGCGAGAAAACCACAACGGAGGGCCCCACCAACGGCCCUGCUGCCACCACCACCGUAGAGGUUUAGGCCAGUUUUGAGCUAAAAUGUUUUCUCUGCAUUUGACACCAAGUGUCUCAAAAAGAUUUAUACAAGUUGUUAUCAUGCUUUUGUUUUCUUGUUUUUACAUGAGUUUUACGUUUAUUUCGGUUGGGAUCACAGUGAUCCAUUACGUUUCUGCCUCAGGUUUCAAUACUGAUUUUCUGUAUAAUGAUGCUGUUUGUGUGAAAUUUGUGCAUACUGAUAAUGUUUAUUCACACGUGUAAAGGAUUUGCUUUAUGAUUUGAUUUUUAGGCUAUCAAAUUGCGUUUUUGAAUGUAUUGUAAAAUAAUUCCUUACAAACGAUAUUUUAUUUUGAUUUUCUAGUUUGGAAACUGUAUCAAAGCACAAACUUAUUGCAUCUAAAUUAUGUUGUCUGAAAUGACUGAUGAGGGUGAGUGAUUUUAUGUUCGAGAACAACAAAAUAAAGAGGGGCAAAGAUGACUUUGCACUACAGGGCUGUCAUCAAACUAUCUUUCAUUUCACUGUUUUUCAGAAUUGCUUCAUUAUGUUUCAUUUUAAGCAGAUGUAAAAUAACAAAAAAGAAUAAAUGAGAGCUUUGAACAA